CUUCACCUGAAUAAACAAAGUUGGUUUUCGUUGUCCCCGUGUAAUGUCGGUUGCGAAUCGCGCAACGCCGGAAAGUCGCGGUCGUGAAAAAUGUGAUUUACUGACACAAUUUAACGAACUUUACCGUUGUAUCGAGCAGGAGAUACGUACCCACCGUUACGAGCAGGACCGUGUCCGUACGGAGCUGCAGCACCAGCUCGAGCGCGGACGAAGCACCGGCAAACCAUUAGCUUCAGCCGACGAGCACGAGUCGACGGUUGCUGAGCCGGAUUACAAACGUGUCAGUGAUGAAGUGAUCCGGAACCAGGCGAAUCAAAUUCAGCUGAUCAAAGAGGAGAAAGAAACGUUCGAGAAGCUGUGGCAAAGCUCGCAGCGAACGAUUCGCAUAUUGGAGCUCGAAAUACACGAGUAUCGGCGGCAGCUGAAGCAGCCGAAAGGUGUACUCGAGGCACGGCAACAGUAUACGGCCGCCGUACAGCUGCUGGAGCAAAAUUUGGCCUGCUUGAGGGAAACGUUGGACGAAAAACUAGCCGAAAAUCGACACCUGCAGCGCGAGCAGCAGGCAGCAACGGAACGGAUGAAGGUACUGGAGGAGGAAGCCAAAGCACAACAGCGCGAAGCGGAAGCGCUAACGAAGGCAAUCGACGAGCUGCGGACAAGCGAAUGUCAGCUGCGCACGGAUCUCGAACGUACGAUGCGGGAUAAGUCGGAGCUGGAGACGCUGCUCGAUACGGCUGCCACGCUGGCCAAGCAGCACAUGAGCCGUGAAAAUCUAGCCCUCGCCAAAGUACAGGAAGCCCUUCAGAUUGCGGACAGUGCUAUCGAGGAGAAGAAUUGUGUCGUUCGCCGGGAACAGGACGCUCGGGAACAAUGCGACUUUCUGGCCUCCACGAUCGGGCAGGUGAUGGAAGAAGCGGCCCGGAAGGUGGAACACGAACUUGGUGGAUUGCGCAGUGGGUACGAGCGACGAAUAGAGGAACUGGAACGAGCUCUAGGGCAAACGAGGAGCGCACUGGAGCAGCAGGUUCAGCGAACAAAUCAGGCGGAGAUGAGGGCCCGUACGGUGGAGGACAAAUUCCGAACGUUGCUCAAAACGAACCAAAAUCUUGACACCGAUCUGAGGGCGGCUUCGAAGAUGAUUAUCGAAAUGGAGCUCAAGAUGGAAGCACUUCAGAAAACGAUGGCCAAAGAGAAGGAAACCAAUCGCGCGUGCAGCGCUCGGGAGGAAGACCUGCAGCGUCUGCUGGCCAACAGCGAGCAGCUGAAGGACCGCUGGAAGCGCGAGAUGCUCUCGGUAACGGACGAGCUGCGGCGCAAGAUGGAAACGAUGCAGCGCGAGAACUGCAAGCUAACGGCGGAAAACAAUCAAUUAAAGGAUCAGCUAUUAAUGGCAUCGUCACCGGUGGCUGGCAGCGAUGGAGGCGCCCAGUCGUUGGUCGGUACGGAUGGCCCUGUUGCUGAUGGUGUGUAGCUGUUGCUGUUGCUGUCGGUCAUCCACCAUCGGGGAGAGUGUGUAUUACGGUGACACAAUUUUACGGCAAAACUUCCGAGACCCACCGGACUGGUCCUUAGCGUGAGGCUGAGAGCGGAUGAAUUCCAUUAGUGUAAAGGGCGGCCGGUUUUCCUAUUGUCCGGUUCGGGACCACGCACGUAACUAGGACGAGCCUCGCGAGGGUUGUUAACAGUUCGAGGCCAAGUUUACCAAGACUUUCACGCAGCGCAAUUGAUCAACAAACACCUAAUUGAUGUGGCGCACUUGUCGACCAGUCGCUAGUCCGUUGGGUACUUACUUACCGAACGGAUAGGAGAGUCGAUUUCAAUAUCAGUGCGGCUGUGGGAAAAUGAGAGAUUGUUUUUCGGGUGGAAAACUUUGUCACCGAUAACCGGAAACCUGCGAGAGUAGGGACAGUGCAUAUCCUUUAUUGAAUCUCGAAUGAUCGUAAUUAGGGCGUAAUCAGCGACCGUAAUGAGGUUUUCUUUCCUGCGUGGUACUAGUGGAAAAAGAAAGGGCCAUAAAGGGGUAUAUAUUGAGAACCCAAACUGGUAAUAAUAGAAGACUGUAUUCGGGUGGAAGUUUUAUGAAGGAUUUGCUUAAUUAGAGAUGUUUCCGAUAUGUCGGUCUUGCGUAAGUGAUUAGUUCCAGGAAGAGACACUAAGCUAUUUUCGGAUUGAAUUUAUAUUUCGGAUAACAUUGUGUAGGCGUACAGUGAGGACAUUUUGUCAUCGUGAUUUUUGGAGGUACAGGAAAUCCGCGCUAAAAUAGGACUGUGUUUUUAAAGAGGAAAGAAUUGACAGCUUUUUCAGCUCCAAAAACGCUUAUCCUCGAUUUUAGUUAAAGUAUACUUUAAUGCACUAUAUCUUAUUACUGGACUUUUUUGAAGACAAUAAUGUCUAACAGUUUGAUUAGAAUUUCUGUGAUGUUUUCUUUUGUUUGAUCGAAGCAAGGACUACGAACCAAGCAUCAAGCUCAUUUCAUUGGUCCUCCUAAAUGAUCGAUCAGGUGCACUAAUCAAGAUAACGAAAUACAG